UUAGGAUGAGAAACUUGUUCGCUAAGAAAAACCAUGAGAAGCUGUUCUUAUAAAUUCUCCCACUCCCCCACACACCUAGUCUAUAGUACUCUUGUUCUUUUCUUUUUUCUCUUCUCUCCAUAGUUUCUUCUAGUUAGUCCUUUCUCUGUUUUCUGAGCAUGGCCGAUCAAGCAUCAACAUCCAUGCAUUCCCUCAAAAGAAAAAGGGACGCCGAGCCCAACACCAACAAGAAAGCUCCCAAUAGAUUGGUCGUGGACGAAUCCAAGAACCACGACGACAACUCUGUCGUCUUACUACACCCUGAUACCAUGAACACUCUCAACUUCUUUCAUGGUGAUGCUGUCUUGAUCAAGGGCAAGAAGAGACGGGACACGGUUUGCGUUGUUCUCGGGGAUGAGGCUUGUGACAAGUCCAAGGUUUUCAUGAACAAGGUGGUGCGGUCUAACCUCAGAGUCAGGCUUGGUGAUGGGGUCUCGUUGCAUCAAUGCAAUGAUGUUAAGUAUGGUAACAAAGUUCAUGUUCUUCCUCUUGAUGAUACCAUUGAAGGUCUUACUGGGAGUCUUUUUGAUGCGUAUUUGAAGCCUUACUUUAUGGACAUGUAUAGGCCCGUGAGGAAAGGUGAUCUUUUUGUUGUGAGAGGUGGAAUGAGAAGCGUAGAGUUUAAGGUCAUGGAGACUGAGCCUGGAGAGUAUUGCAUUGUUGCACCCGACACCGAAGUUUACUGUGAAGGAGAGGCUUUGAAGAGAGAAGAUGAGGAAAGAUUGGAUGAGAUUGGUUAUGAUGAUAUUGGCGGAGUUAGGAAGCAACUUGCUCAGAUUCGUGAGUUGGUGGAAUUGCCUUUAAGGCAUCCACAACUUUUCAAGACUAUUGGAGUGAAGCCUCCAAAGGGAAUUCUGCUAUAUGGACCUCCUGGCACUGGCAAGACACUUAUUGCAAAGGCUAUUGCUAAUGAAACCGGGGCUUUCUUUUUCUGUAUUAAUGGGCCCGAGAUUAUGAGCAAGAUGGCUGGUGAGAGUGAGAGUAAUUUGAGGAAAGCUUUUGCUGAAGCAGAGAAGAAUGCUCCUGCGAUUAUAUUUAUUGAUGAGAUUGACUCUAUUGCUCCCAAGCGUGAUAAGACCGGUGGAGAGAUAGAGAGGAGGAUUGUUUCACAGCUUUUGACAUUAAUGGAUGGUGUGAAUUCUCGGGAACAUGUUAUUGUUAUUGGAGCUACCAAUAGGCCUAAUAGUAUUGAUCCAGCAUUACGAAGGUUUGGGAGGUUUGAUAAAGAGAUUGAUAUUGGUGUUCCAGAUGAAGUUGGGCGUCUUGAGGUUCUUCAGAUCCAUACCAAGAAGAUGAAGCUCUCUGAAGAUGUGAAUUUGGAAAGAGUGGCCAAGGAAACUCAUGGACAUGUGGGUGCGGAUCUUGCAGCUCUUUGUACUGAAGCUGCACUACAAUGUAUUAGAGAAAAAAUGGAUGUGAUUGACAUGGAAGAUGAAACCAUCGAUGCUGAGGUUCUCAACUCCAUGGCUGUCACCAAUGAUCACUUUGGUGGUGCUCUUGGAACUAGCACUGCCUCUGCUUUGCGCGAAACUAUUGUGGAAGUGCCCAAUGUUAGUUGGAAAGACAUUGGUGGACUUGAGAGUGUCAAGAGGGAGCUUCAAGAGACCGUUCAAUAUCCAGUGGAGCAUCCCGAGAAGUUUGAGAAGUUUGGAAUGUCACCAUCUAGAGGAGUUCUCUUCUAUGGUCCUCCUGGUUGUGGGAAAACCCUUUUGGCCAAGGCUAUUGCUAAUGAAUGUCAGGCUAAUUUUAUUAGCAUCAAGGGUCCUGAGUUACUCACAAUGUGGUUUGGAGAGAGUGAGGCCAAUGUUAGGGAUGUUUUUGACAAGGCUCGUCAGUCUGCACCUUGUGUCCUGUUUUUUGAUGAACUUGACUCCAUUGCUAUUCAGAGAGGAAAUGGAAUUGGAGAUGCAGGUGGUGCUGCUGAUAGAGUUUUGAACCAGCUCUUAACUGAAAUGGAUGGGUUAUCAUCCAAGAAAACUAUCUUUGUCAUUGGAGCUACUAAUAGGCCUGAUAUAAUCGACCCAGCACUUCUAAGACCUGGUCGUCUUGAUCAACUGAUCUAUAUCCCUCUUCCAGAUGAGAGUUCACGGCUUCAGAUUUUCAAAGCCUGUCUAAGGAAAUCACCUGUGUCAAAAGAUGUUGACCUUACGGCUCUUGCUAAGCUUACUGGAGGCUUUAGUGGUGCUGAUAUCACAGAAAUAUGCCAGAGGGCUUGCAAAUAUGCCAUUAGAGAGGACAUUCAGAAGGAUAUUGAGAGGGAAAAGAGGGAAAUUGACGCUGUGGAAGAGGAAUCAGAAAAUGAAGUUGCUGAGAUCAAGGCAGCUCACUUUGAGGAGUCCUUGAAGUUUGCCAGGAGGAGUGUGAGUGAUGCUGACAUCCUCAAGUAUCGAGCUUUUGCUCAAAAUUUGCAGCAAUCAAGGGGUUUUGGGUCAGAUUUUAAGUUUUCAGAGGCAGGAAGAACACCCCAUGAUUCAAAUCUAUUUGCAUCUUCAGCUGAUGGGAUUGAGGAUGCUGACUUAUAUGAUUAGUUGCUUAAUAAUGUUUUAUUUUCUUUGUAUUUCUUUGAUAUCAAGAUAAUCAGGAUCAUACAGUUCUAUGUACUAGGAGAGGUCUUAUAGGAUUUUAAAUUUAGUUUUCUCUAUAAUGGAUUAUAGCUUUAAUGAA